AUGCCUCGUCUCAGCGACAUCAAAUUCAAGAAGCCGUCCCGGCUCCAGCGCCUCAUCGAGGACGGGCUUGACGAGAAAGUUCUCGCGGAGCACUUCUCCGACUUCAUCGUCGCUGCGUCGAACUCAGUCGACUACUCGGAACGCGACGCCAACGAUCUCGCGGCGAUUCUCCGGGCGGCCGACGAGCUCGACGCGUACUACACCACCAUCUUCCGCAAUGAGGCCUCCGAUGCCCCAGCAGAUAUGUGGAGCGUAGCGACACCCCAGGCUCUCACCAUGAUCCUCACAUCCUUCUUGUUCUUCAAGAUCAAGCACACCACCGGACAAGACAAGUCUGGCAAGAUCCGCAGCACAACCCUCCGCCGUUGGGCUAAGCAUCUCAUGUUCAUUGCCUCGUACAACAUUGCAGGCCAUGGUGGAUUCGGCAAGGGCCGAGACGUUUCCAUCCUCCACGGACAACUCGUCGACAAGGCCGACUCGCAGUAUCAGGCCGUAGUCAAGCGCUUCUGCAAGUCCACCGCGGCGGACCUUGCCCUUCCCCGCAAUACGAUCGAGCCAAGUUUCUGGGGCCCAUCCGAGUUGUGUCUUGUGGGCCGCGCUUGCGACCUACAGGCACUCUCUGACCCCAACCGUGCUCCCGACGCCAUCCAGGUCAAAGUCCUCGGCCAGAUCUCGCUCGGCACCGGUGUCCACCCAGGCGGAGUAUGCGCCCAAGGGGCACCUUCCUCAACAGACGCAUUCCCCGAGGGCAACAUCGUGUUCUUCCAGCACAAGCGCCAUUUCUAUGACAUGGAGAUGGAUCUCGUGCACCUCAAGGGUCUCAUGGAUCCAUUGGCCCAGGACGUUCCCUUCAAGCCCUACCUCCCUGCCGUCAACCGCCUCCAGAACCUGCAGCUUGAAGCUCAGGCGGGGGUGCUCGCCAUCCUCAUCUCGCGGGGCGUACUCUACGCGCAGAUUGACGGCGCUCGAGUCUACUUCUGCUCGGUCGACGAGUUCGCCGAGUCUACUGCGCACGAGUUCCGGGUUGACAGUGCCCUCCCCUUCUUCCGAACCGUCAACUUGGCCGGCCAGACGCUCGACUCGGCCGUCACCACCUCACAGAUGAACGCCAAGCACUCGGCCAUCGUCAACCCCGUUCGACUCGCCGGGGGCAAGCUGUACAACUACCGCAAGUAUCACGGUGCACUCGUUCGAGCUGGCUAUGGUCGGGAGGCGCAGGCAACUGCUCUGAACCACGGCUCUACACGAGACGCCGGGCGCACGGCGUACAGUCGCGGCGUGGGCGACACCUCCUUCGCCUCCGCUGUAAUCGGCGAGUUCAACGAAGGAGACACGGACGUGCUCAACAAGCUCCAAUCAUCGGGCGUUCUGAAACGCGAGCGCGAUGGCCCCGCCGUUCAAGCUCUGAUUGAGCUGAGGAAGAAGGGCAUCGCGGGCGACACAUCGAGCGUGCAUGCCCCCGACAGCGAUGUUCAGGCGCUCGCCGACGCCGACGAGGCCUACGGCGUUCUCUCUCGCCGGGUCGACGAGUUGACCGCCAAGCUCGAUGACAAAACCAUCCACGUCCCCAAUGUCAAGCGCGAACUCAAGCUGGCUGUGCGUCACAGGAAUGACCGGAAGAAGGCUCUGCGCAACAACCUUGAGCGCAAGCUGCUUCGCACCCGGAUCCGUGACUACCAGUUCCCCGGCGCGACGCUGGACGAGUUCGCCGACGCUCGUCAAGCCAUGGGCAAGAUUCGUUCCUCUUUGCCGCUCAUCCUACUCCCCCAGGACGACAAGGACCCUCUGGGCCUUGAAGGAGUGUGGCCCGCGUCUGCAGCCCUCCCCAACGGCACCCAGACGCACUUUGGAGUCGAGGAUGACGCGGCCAGCGACGCGGAAGAGUCUGACGACGACGACGAGGGCCCCAGCUACUUCCACGACCUCGAGGGCAAGUCCGUCGUGCACAUGCAGGACCGCCUGUCGAAUGAGGGGAUCAACAUCGCAAAAGCAUCCUCGAAGCCGGCUCGCACGAAGCGCACCACCUCGGACGGAGCUCGUCAAACUGCUCCUCUCCCCCUCCGCCGUGGAGCCUCAUCGGCAGAUGCUUCUCCUGCUCCCCGUCCACCCGCUCCUCCUCUCUCCCGCGGACCCAUUCUUGGCCGCCCUUCCUACGCCCGGGGCCAAAACCCGACACCCGAGCAGCCGAGGAUGGCGUGGGACGAUCUGGUCAAUCGUUCUGACGCAUGGACAGAGGAUACUGAGCCCGGCGGCGUUGACGACCCGGCUACAGUCGCUCGAGCACGACUUGACCUCAUGCGCAAGUACGAGAGCCUCCUCCGUGUUCCUAGGAACAAGCAGGCUAUCGUCAACUUCGUGGCCACUGCGGGAUGGUGCCCCUAUUGCCGUCUCGAUGAGGUCGGCACUCAUGCCAUCAGGACCAGGGCGAACGGAUCUACUUAUGUGACCACACGCCCCGUCGGGGUGCUGAACGCGAACUCCUGGGGGUCGGGGAUCGGGGACCACAUCAAAUCUUCCCACCCCCGCGACUACCUCAAGAUCAUGCGCGGAGACGAGCUUCCACCCGCCCGCUCGGACGCGAACGCAGCCCUCCAUGCCUCUCCCGAAAUCGUCGCUGCGAUGAAGGAAACAGUUGCUACAGCGCUGACGUUCGACUUCUACGGCGAUGAGCCCAUCCCGGUGCCCUCAGAUGAGGAGCUUAGGGCUUUCUUGCAGGAUUGUUACGCGUACGCUGACAUGCUCCGAAUCUAG